AUGGAAACCAAAAUUUCCAAAGAAACGUUAAUUAUAAUUUUAAAUAAUCUUAAACCAUUUCGUUCAACUCAAGAUUUAUAUUCAUCAUCAUUAGUUAAUCGAAACUGGUGUAAAGUUGCUAUACCUAUACUUUGGGAAUCAACUUUGAGUCAAGAAUGUUAUGCUAGAACUUUACUUACUCAAAAUAGAUUCGAUUUAUCAUCAUCACCACCUCAAGCCACUUUUGAUUAUCCAUCAUUCGCUCGCAAACUUAGAAUCGAUAAUUUAUUACCUGGUAUCCCGGAAGUAUUUAAGAAAUUAGAAAGUUUUAUAACAGAAGAUUAUUAUGAUGGAUUGAUUUGUCAAUUAUGUGAACCAUUAAAAUUAAUUUGUGAUAAUAUUUUAAAUAUGAGUUGGAAAUUGAAUUCAAAUUAUCAAGUGAAAUUACUAGCAAAUCUUAUAAGUGUUCAAAAGCGGUUAGAAAAUGUAUCAAUUGUCAAUAGCGGUUAUUUUGGUCAUGAUCUAUUAUUUUUGGCUAUCGUCAGUCAAAAAGAAACAUUAAAGAGCCUUUGUUUAAAAAAUUUAUGUUAUAAUCGUUUUGCGGAGAAUUUACCACCAAUUGGAAAAUUUACUUCACUUCGAGAACUUUAUAUGAAAAAUUGUUUUGAAUUAUGUAACUCAAAUGGUUUAUCCUUGGCUUUAUCAUUUACUCAAUUAAAUUUAUGUCCCUUUUCAGCUAUUUUAAAUUAUUGUAAAAAGAUUACCGACUUAACUUUAAUAAAUUUAAGUCCUGAACAAGUAAUUGCAAUAUUUAAUAAUAAUUUUAAUGAAUUAAGGAGGCUUUCAUUUUGUUGUAGAAAAAGAUUUGAUGCUAAUAAAUUAUUAUGUCAAAUGGCCAAAAAUAUACCAGAAUCACUUGAAACUAUUGAAAUUAGAAUGGGGAUAUUUAGUGUCAGUAGUUUAAGAAAAUUUUUUGAAAGGUGGUGUUGA